CGCGGCGUCAUAGUAACACACGCGUUUAAAUAAGCGGGCAGACGUGAUAUAGCUGAUCAGAGGGACUUGCACGCUGUCAUCGUAGGAUCCCAGCCAAAGUCUUUCCUGGUCUGCUGUCAGUUUAAAGUCAUUGGGGCUGUACAACUGUCUUCAGAUUUUGCAGCGUUUCUCGACGCACCAGAGGGAUAUUUCACACCAACUUUGUACAUUAACAGAGAAUAUAACAGUGAAAAUGCCAGCUGAUACCAUGGAGAAACCCACGGCAUCCCCUGUGGCUGGUGCCCCGGCCAGUGGAACGCACACACCGGACAAACCAAAAAAUGCCAGUGAGCAUAGAAAGUCUUCGAAGCCCAUCAUGGAGAAGCGACGGAGAGCGAGAAUAAAUGAAAGCCUAGGACAAUUGAAGACUCUUAUCCUGGACGCACUCAAGAAAGAUAGCUCCAGACACUCGAAGUUGGAGAAAGCAGAUAUCUUGGAGAUGACGGUGAAGCACUUGAGGAACUUGCAGCGCGUGCAGAUGACUGGAGCUCUGACAGCAGAUGCAACAGUCCUAAGCAAAUACCGGGCAGGAUUCAACGAAUGCAUGAAUGAGGUGACCCGCUUCUUGUCCACAUGUGAAGGGGUGAACACGGAAGUCAGGUCCCGGCUCCUCAACCACCUGUCCGGCUGCAUGGGCCAGAUGAUUGCGAUGAACUACCCACAGCCAUCCCCGGCCCAGCAGCAAGCUCACCUCUCGCAGCCCUUGCACGUGCAGUUACCUCCGGCGGCCACAGUGCCAAUCAACGGCGUCUCCAUGCCCUGCAAACUCAGCCCCGCUGAAGCUGUGUCACCGAAAGUCUACGGUGGUUUCCAGCUUGUUCCCGCUACCGAUGGACAGUUCGCCUUCCUUAUCCCAAAUCCGGCUUUUGCUUCCGCCACUGCUCCGGUUAUCCCUCUCUACGCCAACACGAACGUGCCAGUCGCUGUUAACACGAGCACCGGCCAUGCCACAUCGGGUUCCACCGUAGCUUCCCCGGUUCAGGGCAUGACCUCUUUCGCCGGCGUUUCCAAGGCUGUGAGCCCCAUGAGUGUCAGCGUUGGCGCGGACAGCAACGAGUCUGUUUGGCGGCCGUGGUAAACGGAUUUUGAAGAAAGGCUUAGGCCUAAAGAACACUUAAGCAACUUUUUCAUUAAAAAGAAAAACGUUCCGUUUUAAGGAACAUUAUUGCUCUUCUA